AUGGAUCUUGGGUCAGCGUCGAGUGCAGAGAAAGGGCGCUCAAGCCUUGAGGCCGAGAACAAAAAGCUUCUGGGCUAUUACGAUAGGCCUGAAGAUGAGCUUGAUUCCACAUCCACGUGGAUUGGAGAAGACGAUGCACCCCGGCGACCAAGAAAAUGGAAACCCAGUUCGACAACAGUAUGGAGAUGGGCGAUAACCAGUCUACAGAUUAUAUGCAGUGUACUUGUGGGUGCAGCCAUAGGGUAUGUGCUGAAACCAGGAUGCACUGAGUUGGAGUGCGUCCGCAUGACUUCAAGCUAUUCGCCAUUGCUUGAGGCAGUAGAAUAUUACGAUUAUCAGUUUGAGGCAGAGCUUGACGCCGAAAAUGUGUACAAAGGGCACCCUCGACCAGAACUUGAUGAAACUUGGACUCGCGUUGGUAAAAUCCAUCCGCUCUCAAUGCCUGAAAAGUAUCGCGCAGAGUUGAAUAAAACAAAUUCGGGCAUACCUUAUCCCAAAGAACAAGGUGGUGGAAUUAUGGUCGAGAUUGAGGUUUUUCACCAGCUCCACUGCCUGAACUUUAUCCGAAAAGUCAUCUAUGCAGAUUAUUAUUCAAGGCCCGAAAACCUGCCAAUUGAGUUUGAAGUAACGAAUAAGCUAUUCUUCAACCACGUUGACCACUGCAUCGAUUAUCUCCGCCAAGUCAUAAUGUGUGAGAGUGAUGUUACGCCCGUCACAUCCAACUGGGUUCUCACUCACCACACUCCCCAUCCUGACUUUAAUACCAUGCACAAGUGUCGAAAUUUCACUAAAUUGCUGGAAUGGGUGGAAGAGCACGACAAUGGAGGCGUGCCGAGACAGACACCAAACCCCAGCUGGAAGCCUGCGCCAGGACUUGCAGAGACGAUAUUGGAUUACGAACACGGUUUUCCAAUACCACCGCAUGGACCUCCAGUCACAGGAAAGGAUAAAUGGGGCCAUGAUUAA